UCGCGUGAGAUCGCCCCCGCUCGGUUGCCGGGAGACAGCGCGCAGCUUGAGCAGGCAAAGCGAGUUGGGCUCUGGUCCUGUCUCGGCGUCAUGGCACCCAAGAAGAAAGGCAAGAAAGGUAAACCCAAAGGUACCCCAGUCGUGGAUGGGCUUGCUCCAGAGGACAUGAGCAAGGAGCAGGUGGAAGAGCACAUCAUGCGUAUCCGGGAGGAGCUGGACCGGGAGCGGGAGGAGCGCAACUAUUUCCAGCUGGAGCGGGACAAGAUCCACACAUUCUGGGAGAUAACUCGGAGGCAGCUGGAGGAGAAGAAGGCUGAGCUGCGAAACAAAGACCGGGAGAUGGAGGAGGCUGAGGAAAGGCACCAGGUGGAGAUCAAGGUGUACAAGCAGAAGGUGAAGCAUCUGCUGUAUGAGCACCAGAACAACCUGACGGAGCUGAAGACUGAGGGUACCGUAGCCAUGAAGCUGGCCCAGAAAGAGCACCGCACACAGGAGGGUGCACUGCGCAAGGACAUGCGGGUGCUCAAGGUGGAGCUCAAGGAGCAGGAGCUGGCCAGUGAGGUGGUCGUGAAAAACUUGCGGCUGAAACACGCCGAGGAGAUCACCAAGAUGCGGAAUGACUUUGAGAGGCAAGUUCGAGAAAUUGAGACCAAGUAUGAUAAGAAGAUGAAGGUGCUGAGGGACGAGCUUGAUCUGCGAAGAAAGACUGAGAUCCAUGAAGUGGAGGAGAGGAAGAAUGGCCAGAUCAACACACUGAUGCAGCGCCAUGAAGAGGCCUUCACCGACAUCAAGAACUACUACAACGACAUCACACUCAACAACCUGGCCCUCAUCAACUCGCUCAAGGAACAGAUGGAGGAUAUGCGCAAGAAGGAGGAGCACCUUGAGCGGGAGAUGGCGGAGGUGUCGUCACAGAACAGGCGCCUGGCAGAGCCCCUCCAGAAGGCCAGGGAGGAGAUGGCUGAGAUGCAGAAGAAGCUUGGAAACUACGAAAGGGACAAACAGAUCCUGGUGAGCACAAAAGCACGCCUGAAGGUUACUGAGAAGGAACUGAAGGACCUGCAGUGGGAACAUGAGGUGCUGGAGCAGCGCUUCAUCAAGGUGCAGCAGGAGCGGGAUGAGCUGUACCGGAAAUUCAUGGCAGCCAUCCAGGAGGUGCAACAGAAGACCGGCUUUAAAAAUCUGCUGCUGGAACGCAAGCUGCAGGCGCUGAGUGCUGCUGUGGAGAAGAGGGAGGUGCAGUUCAAUGAAGUGCUGGCAGCUUCCAACCUGGACCCUGCUGCGCUGACACUUGUGUCUCGCAAGCUUGAGGACGUUUUGGAAUCGAAGAACACCACCAUCAAGGACCUGCAGUAUGAGCUGGCACGGGUCUGCAAGGCCCAUAAUGACCUGCUGCGCACGUACGAGGCAAAGCUGCUAGCCUUCGGGAUCCCCUUGGACAAUGUGGGCUUCAAGCCUCUGGAGACAGCUGUGAUCGGGCAGACGCUGGGCCAGGGCCCUGCGGGACUCGUGGCUACACCAACGUAGCUGCCAGACUGUCGCGUGCUGCAGAGCCUGCCUGGCUGAUAACCCUGGCUGAUAGUCCAGCUGAUAACCCUUUUCCACCAAGGACAGCAAGUUUUUGUUUUUUAGAGCUCAUCAUCAGCAAAUGAAGUUUUCCGUGGUUUGCUUGUUUUUCUCUUGCCUGCUUCUGUGGAGGAGACCUGUCUGCAGAACCUCACCCUGGGCAUCACGGUUGGCCCCUCCUUGGUUUGUGUCUGACCUAUGCUAUGGCCACUCCUCCCAGGCUGCUCCUGACUUUAGUGGCUUCUCAGAGGGCCCCUGGUCACUCUGGUCCAGGGCAGUGCAUUGUUCCUGGCCCAACACCAGGAGCAGCUUUGCAGAUGCCAGCACUGACUUUAUUGACACUUGGGUCAUGCCAAGAAACUCCAAGGGGCCAGGGAGGACCUCCUCCAGGAAGCUGGUGACCCCAGUGCUCCACGAUGGGGGGAGUCCACUCUGUUGAGGGCAGGGCGGGCUAGGCCAGACUGCGUGUGGGGCAGAUGGCCUUCCCUGGUCGGCUCUAGCUUCCUCGGUAGGUGGUGUAGGACCAUGGGCUUAGCAGCAGGGGCACGUGGAACUUCUGAGUCUCAUUUGUGAUGGUGAAGACAACCUGGGAGAAGCAGAGAUGGCAUUGGAAAACAGCGAGAGAUUACAGCACCCAAGCUGUGCCCCAGUACUUCCUGGGAGUGUUAGCAGCCCAGACUGUAGGAUGGAGUCAGCAAAGAGCUUGAUGGGGGACAGGACCCCUCCUAGGGGCUGAGGGAUCAUCAUGCCUCCCGGGAGACAGCGCCAGGGAGGCUGUAGUCCCAGGCCUGCUGGAUGUGAAAAAGGCCAGGUUCUUUGAUGGUAGCUCCAGGUGACGGGAGGCAGUAGGGAAGGCUCAGUGAGCUGCAGUCUGGGCGGAGAUGAAAACCUCUCUACAAAGGAGGGUGAGUCACCCUUGGGCUGGCUGCUUCCAAAGGCUAACCCAGGGGCAGCUCUGGCAUGGACAUGUCAUCAUGAUGGCCAGUGAUGCCUCUGGUCCCUGGAUGCCUUUCUUCUGAGAGCUCAAAACAGAUGAGCUCACCUGCCUGCCACUACCCAAGAAGAGGUAGGACCAGUCUGCCCACGGCCUGGGUGAGGCCUGGCCUGCAGGACCUAACCGGCAGCCAGUGUCAGGAGCCUCCCCCGCAUCGGUAGCCCUCACCUCUAUGUAUGGGUAGAAGCUCUCUUGCCCCAUCUUCUUCCAGUACCCCUCAGUGUCGAAUGACAGCUUGUAGGUGCCUGGCUUCAUCUGGCCAGGCCUCAGAAGGCCAGGGCAGCGGCCAUCCGCAUCUGUGUGGCUGGGGAGAAGACAAGACUGCAAAGAAGGGAGGAAGAACUGGCCUGCCCCUCCCCGUAGUGUGCACCCUGGAGGCCCUGACACCCCCACGGCCUGAUGCAGAUGGGUCGCAGAGGUGGGGGCGUGUUCAGGGACACUGCUGCCCUGCCUAUUUAGAAAGUCACAAUCCAGAAGAGCCCGCGGGGAAAGUGUCUUUCACAGUACCCUCUGAGCAAUAAUCCCUAUAUUUGGCAAUAUACUUUUGUAGAUUUUUCUUGAUGUUUAAGUAUGUUUAAUUAGAAACUUUUGUAGAAAACAAAAAUAGAUUAUAUGAAUUCUGCUGUUU